GAUUUUCCCAUGAAGUACAUCCUGGUAACUGGUGGUGUCAUCUCGGGCAUCGGCAAAGGGAUCAUUGCAAGCAGCAUUGGCACCAUAUUGAAAUCAUGUGGUCUACGUGUCACUGCAAUCAAGAUUGAUCCUUACAUAAACAUAGAUGCUGGAACCUUUUCACCAUAUGAACAUGGUGAAGUUUUUGUAUUGAAUGAUGGUGGAGAAGUUGACUUAGAUUUGGGAAAUUAUGAGAGAUUUUUGGACAUCAGUCUCUAUAAAGACAACAAUAUCACCACCGGGAAAAUAUAUCAGCAUGUCAUUAAUAAAGAAAGACAUGGUGAUUACCUGGGAAAAACUGUUCAAGUUGUUCCACACAUCACUGAUGCAGUUCAGGAAUGGGUGAUGAAUCAGGCGAAAGUUCCAGUGGAUGAUGACAGAAAAGAACCACAAAUUUGUGUAAUUGAGCUUGGUGGAACUAUUUGAGAUAUCGAAGGAAUGCCGUUCAUUGAAGCAUUUAGACAGUUUCAGUUCAAAGCAAAAAGAGAGAACUUCUGUAAUAUCCAUGUUAGUCUAGUACCACAGCCUAAUGCCACUGGUGAACAGAAGACAAAACCAACACAGAACAGUGUUCGAGCACUGAGGGGUCUAGGCUUGUCUCCAGACUUGAUUGUCUGUAGAAGUGCAAAACCUAUAGAAAUGGCAGUGAAGGAAAAGAUUUCCAUGUUUUGCCAUGUGGAACCUGAGCAGGUGAUAUUUGUCCAUGAUGUUUCUUCCACUUACCGAGUACCAAUCCUGCUGGAGGAGCAAGGCAUCAUCAAGUAUUUUAAACAGAGGUUAAAUUUACCUAUUGAUGACCAUCCAAGUGAUCUUCUAAUGAGAUGGAAGAAAAUGGCUGAUAGAUAUGAAAGGUUGCUGAAGGUGUGUUCCAUAGCUCUCGUUGGCAAGUACACAAAACUAAGCGAUUGCUAUGCAUCUGUUUUCAAGGCUCUGGAGCACUCUGCACUGGCAAUUAAUCACAAACUGGAUUUAAUGUACAUAGAUUCAACAGAACUUGAACGUUCUACAGAAGCGGAGAACUCAGUGAAAUAUCACCAGGCAUGGCACAAACUGUGCAAAGCAGAUGGCAUUCUGGUCCCAGGAGGGUUUGGAAUUAGGGGAACAGAAGGCAAACUCCAGGCUAUCUCCUGGGCAAGAACAAAGAAAAAACCCUUUCUUGGAGUUUGCCUGGGAAUGCAAUUAGCAGUUGUGGAAUUUGCAAGAAACUGUUUGAAUUGGAAAGAUGCUAAUUCUACAGAAUUUGACCCAGACACAAAAACCCCUGUUGUUAUUGACAUGCCAGAACACAAUCCUGGAGAUAUGGGUGGAACAAUGAGACUGGGGAAGAGGAGGACUGUUUUCAAAACACAAAAUUCUGUUUUAAGGAAACUUUAUGGUGAUGAAAUAUUUGUGGAGGAGCGGCACAGGCAUCGAUAUGAGGUGAACCCAGAAUUGACUCACUACUUUGAAGAGAAAGGUUUGAAAUUUGUUGGCCAUGAUACGGAGGGGAACAGAAUGGAAAUUAUUGAACUGGAGA